CAAAACAAAAUAUCACAAACCCGGGUGAUCAAAAAAAAAAUCACAAGCCCUAAUCAACCAAUCACUCAACAACCAUGGAGGAAGAUUCCGAUUACUCCCGACAACCUUCCCUUCCCGACGCAAUUCUCCUCGACAUCCUCUCCCGCCUCCCCGUCAAAUCCCUCCACCGCUUCAAAUCUGUCUCCACCCAAUUCCGCCACUGGAUCUCCGCCGACCCCCACUUCCUUAAACUCCACGCCCUCCACUCCGCCGACACGCGCCACCGCCGCAGGCGCCGCGUGGCCGUCCUCGUGUCCCGCAAGCCCCCCGCCUCCGUCGCCCUCCGCUCCGUCGACGCCGACACCCUCUCCGACCCCUCCGUCGUCGAGCUCUGCAACGACUUCAAGUACUCGUACCCGUCCGCGAGGAUAUGGAAUUCCUGCAACGGGUUGGUGUUGAUUUCCAUUUCGGACAAGACUUUCUUUGUCUGGAACCCGUCUACUAGAGAAAAAGAACACGUGCGUUCUAUUCCCACCUUCUCUCUUCGCGCGUCUACUAGGUACUGUCUUUUAGGGCUUGGUUUUGAUAAGAUUACCGAUGCGUAUAAGGUGAUCGCGGCUUACCAGACAGAUGACACUGGUGAUAGCUGUUUCAUGUCGUGCUCAUCAUUGGAUGGCACGAGGGUUAGUAGUAAUAAACAGAGGGUACGGAGGAUUGGUGAUUUUCCUUAUAGGAUUUGUAAGGAUAUGCCGGGGAGUAAUGUGGGUGGAGAUCUUUUCUGGAUGGUGGUUGGAAAGACGGGUGAUCCAGCGAUUAUUGGUUUCGAUUUUGGAGCAGAGGAGUUUGUUGAGAUGACCCAACUGCGUUGGGAACCGGGUGUUUUGAAGUACGGGUUGGGGGUUUUGGGGGGAUCGCUUUGCGUGGCUUGCCAUGGAGAAGGCAGUGUUGAGGUGUUGGGGUUGAAGAAGGGUGGCGCGGUGGAGUCGUGGGAGAAGUUGUUUGUGGUUCCUUACAACGCGGGGGAUCUGCAGUUUAAGACGUUGACACCGUUGUGUUUCACGGGAGAUGGUGAGGUGAUGAUGGAGAUCGAUAGGAAGAGAUUAGUGGUGUAUAAUAUUGAAGAGAAAACGUGUAGGUUGUUGUCCUAUCUUCCUCACGAGGACAAAGAAGAACUUCGGGAGAUAACGCGAAGUGGGCAGGGUUUGAGGUUGAAUGGAAGUGGGUUCAAAGUAGUGGUGUAUGUUGAGAGUCUAGUCUCACCGAGUAGUUCCUCUAAGUCAAUCCAGAAUCUUUUGUCAACGGUCCAGCGGCAACUUAGAUUGGGGUGAAUCCAUUGGCAAAGGAAUCCCAAUCAAAAAUUGGUGGGCAUGGAUGACAACACCAGUUGGAGAGUAUUUCUGCAGAGAAAUGGGAGAUUUCGAUGGCAACAGAAAGAAGUUAGGAAGAUCAUCUAGAGUAGGCUAACUUAGACACGUAUUUUCUUUUCUAACUUCUCAUGCCUGUAAUUUUGGUCUGUUGGUAUCUUCGAAUUGCUCUCAAAUCUACUUAUCCUGCUAGUAAAGAUGUUGAAUCUUUCUAGUAACAGUGAUUGCGUAGUCAGGUUGGUUCUAGGCCCAAACUAUGAUAGACAGCCGAUUAGCCUUGUUGGUCCCCAUAUUUUGUUCUGCUCUAUAAGCAGGGUUGAAGGAAAUGGUAAUUGGCUAGUAAAACAGGUAAUUUGGCUGCAAAUGUGGUUCCGAUGGUUCUUUCAACUUGGUCUUAUGUAAUUGAUCUCUUGAUGGUUUAACUGCUAUCCAUAUGUUCAGAACUGUUGUUUUUAGAAGGCA